AUGAGCUUUAUGUGUCAGCAGAACAGCUACUUGAAGGAGCUGCAUGCAAAAGUUACCAGUUGCAAACCAGCAAAACUUGCUCUGGUAGAGAAUGGCAAGAAAACAACCGUGCAGGGAUAUGAGGUUAUCCUUAAUGACACCAUUCUGUUUCCUGAAGGUGGGGGGCAGCCUGAUGAUAAAGGAACGAUAAACGAUAUACCAGUGCUACGCAUAACCAGAGUUGGUAAAGAGGCUGUUCACUUUGUUGAGGCAGAGAUUCCAGAAAAUUCCGAUGCUCUUCUCAAAGUAGACUGGCAGCGUAGAUUUGAUCACAUGCAGCAACACACAGCUCAGCAUUUGAUCACAGCCAUAGCUGACCACAAGUUUGGGUUUAAGACAACAUCAUGGAACAUUGUCACAGACAUUGUCACCAUUGAACUAGACACGCCGCUGGUAACUGACGAACAACUCAGGGACAUUGAAACUUCUGCUAAUGAGAAAAUACGGGACUGUGUGCCUGUUAUUGUAACACUGUAUGGUGACAAAACUGAUCCUGAACUGAAAAAGUUUCGAGGGCUUGGUCUACCAGCAGAUCAAGAGGGGCCAGUUCGAGUCCUCACCAUUGAAGGAAUAGAUAGUGCUUUGUGUUGUGGGACACAUAUAUCAAACUUGUCACAUAUUCAGGCCAUUAAGCUGUUGGGGGCAGAGAAAGGCAAGAAGAACAAAAUGAACGUGAUGUUCCUGGCCGGUGGGCGUUUGCUGAAGUAUGUAGGUGAAAGCUUUGCCAGGGAGAAGACGUUAACAGGAAUUCUCAAAGGUCCUGCAGAAAACCAUUGUGAGCUGGCCGACAAGGCUGUCAAAGCCAUGAAGCUGCUUCAGAAGACCAGCAACCAACAGCUGCGAGAGAUAGCCAGUCUUGAGGUGGCCAUAUUUAAGCAGGCUGACCAGAAGGAUAUUGUUUUUGUGAAACAUCGGAAGGAAGGCGACAACGACUACAUAAGUGUGCUGCUGGGAGAACUGGCAGACGAGAAUAUACCAAAACUAAUUAGUGUUGGGACUUCACACGGUCGAGGUCGUGACACAGUUCCCUUCCUUAGUGCCAGGAGUAAGAUCUGUGACUUGUUUGAGGGCAAGGGAGCAGCAAGCAAGGGCCUGUUUCGGGGCAAAGCAGGCAAGCUCACCAACAGACAGAAAGCUGAGUCGCUGUUGAGAGAUUAUGUUAAGGCCCAUACUGUAGUUGAUAAAGAAAUCUGA